UUAGGCGACGAUGGCACCAUCCAUUCCGAAUAUUGUCAGGUUCCCCUAUGCGACGAUAUGGGAAAACUAGAAUGCAAAUUGACGCAGAAGGGAGGGGAAUAUGUGGGAGUGAAGAACAGGAGCAUUUCCCGUUUUCCGUGCCUUCCGUGGUUGGAAUCGACACACUUCUUGAAGGAUCGGAUCUAUAAUGAUAGGCCCCCCCCUUUUCCGGAUCUCCUCAGUGACACUCACAACUACUGUCGCAACCCCAAUGCAAAGCCAGGUGGUCCCUGGUGCUAUAUUCAGGAUUCUGGAGAGUCCGGCAUAGAAUGGGAAUAUUGUGAUGUGCCUUUUUGUGCAUUGGAAUAUCCAAAUAUUGCAUGUGACUCACGGAACCAGUGCGAAUCAGUAUUCAAGAAAGCCUUGGAAAGUAUCCUGCUCUCCCACAUCUCUGCUGAAGACCGCUUCAAAGAAAAGUUUCGGGAUUUGGAUACCAUGAAUUCCUGGACGAAUGAGGAAGCAAACUAUUGCCGGAAUCCAGGGUUUCGAAAACGACCGUGGUGCUUUGUCUCGGAUGAUCUGAAAUGGGAAUACUGCCACAUCCCGUUCUGUCCUAAUCGUAAAGAGCCAGUGAACUGCAAGCUGACGGGUCAUGGAAUGGAGUAUGCGGGUAAAACCAACAUGACGAAGAAUGGGAAGAAGUGUCAACCCUGGCUGAGCCAGACUCCUAACAAGCAUUCCAUGAUCUUUUCUUUGUCCUAUUUCCCUGAUGAUGGCAUGGACAGUCGUCACAACUAUUGUCGUAAUCCAGACAUGGAUGGCAGUGGGCCCUGGUGUUACACCGAGGAGGACAUUGGUCGCCAGAAUUGUGACAUUCCUUUUUGUUGGGAAAUGUAUCAGAGAUCUGCUGUGAAAGGUUCAGUGGUGGAGGGAUAUCCAGAAUGCCGACAGACUGAAAAUGGGAAGGAAUACAUAGGGACGAUGAGAAAGACGGUGACCGGAAGGACUUGUGUCCGUUGGGAUUCCACACUCGACGAAGUGAAGCUCAAUGCAGACACGGGCAAUACUAAUGAUUUUGAAAUGGAACGUCCCUUUAUUCACCAGAACUUUUGCAGAAAUCCGACAUUGCAGGAGCGACCCUGGUGCUUUGUCGCUGACUCAAAUAUCACAUGGGAAUUCUGUGACAUCCCCCUCUGUCCCAACUAUCCCAAACGAUUUCGUAAAUACCACUAUGGGUUUUCUUCGUUAGACAAGAUGGAAUGCAAGUGGACAGUCCAAGGAUCGGAAUACGCAGGAGAGACAAACGUGUCCGCGUUUGAGGAACCGUGUCUACCUUGGAAUGCAUUCGGUUUGCAAGAGAUGUUCAAACUGAGAGUGUCCCUGAACGUCACAGGAGAGAGUCACAACUAUUGCCGCAAUUUUGACACUUCGCCCUUGGGGCCAUCCUGCAUUGUAGAUCGAGUCGAGCCCAAACUAAGCUUGUGUGCCAUCCCGUUCUGUCCCGUCCCCAACAUCAACUGA